AUGAUCGCUUGGAUUUUCAGGUUUAUCCACAAUUUAAAGAACGAAGAUAAAAACCUAACUUCUGAUGUCUCAGUUGAUGAACUGGAGAAUGCUGAAAAGGCACUUUGUAGAUUGGUACAGAAAGAAUCAUUUACAGGCAUAAAAGAUCGCGCUAUUCGUGCGCUGAGACCAAUCGUAGACCGAAAUGGAAUUUUAAGCGCCCAAACGAACGUCCUACAGCGUCAAGAUAAUGAAAAUUUCCGAUAUCCUAUCAUUUUACCUUCAAAGCAUCUUCUUGUUGAGAGACUAAUUUACGAGGAACAUCUAGAAAUCCAGCAUGCUGGUGUCAGCACUUUAAUGACAAAUCUUAGAGAAAACUUUUGGAUAUUAAAAUCCAGGAAAAGUAUUCGAAAUAUUUAUCAGAAAAUGGUAAGAUGUAAAGAUUUGUUUGUUACACAAAGAGUGGAAGUCAAGUCAGGAUUUCCACCCGAAGACCGAGUCAGAGAAGGAGCGACUUUUGAAGUCGUCGGUGUAGAUCUAGCGAGUCCUCUCUAUGUCCGUGAGGGGUCUAAAGGCCCGUCUACACGUAGCAAUUUUCUCAGCCAACUUAGCUGGCCGACAAUAUCUGAGAUAGCUCGCCUGUCCACACGGAACGAUUUUCUCGUUAGUACAGGAAUUCACUUAGCCAUUCACUGUGAAAGGAAGUGUUCCCGCCCUCUACAGCGUCACACUGUCUACGAUUUGUAA